GGUAGCCUUCUUUUCUGGCUUUGUUACUGUCCUUUUUUUGAGAUACCUAUCUCAAAUUCUCAAUCGCACCCCUGUCAUUCUAGCUUGCGUGCUAACCACAAUGAGUGGCUCCCCAGUCGUUGCAGCGAUCGUCCAGGACGCGAAGGUCGACACUGUCAGGACGGUGGAAGCUGAGACCCUUUUGUCGGAGUAUGCGGCACUAUCGGAGGGCGAUAAACGCAGUCAGCGGGCUUCCUUUGUGACUCGAAUCUUCCCUCUCUUCUUUGGCCAAAAUGCAAUCCUGGCGACGUCGAGCGAAUAUGAAGAUCAGCGUCAAGUGCCCUGGUCAAUAAACUGUUGGCUCCAACCACUGGUUCUGGUGACCCCAACAUCCGCACAACAAGUCGCAACAGCUCUGGCCCUCUGUCGUUUCUUUAGCAUCCCUUUCUCGGUUCGCGGAGGAGGCCACCUCCAAAAUCCGGGAUUCAAUAGUAACAACGGCGGAGUGGUCAUCUCAUUGAGCAAAUUCAAUCAUGUCAAGCUUUCUGACGACAAAUCUACCGCCGAUGUCGGGCUUGGACUGCGAUGGCUCGAUGUGUACAAGGCGCUUGACCCACAUGGUCUGGCAGUCGCAGGAGGUCGGAUUCCCACGGUUGGCGUGCCCGGUCUGCUCCUGGGAGGAGGAAUUUCCUUCCAAAAUAGCCAGUACGGAGUGGGCGCAAUGGGGGUGUCAAAUUAUGAGGUUGUUCUUGCAGACUCGAGCAUUGUCAAUGCCAAUGCGCAGGAGAAUACGGACUUGUUCUGGGCUCUUAAAGGCGGCGGUCCUAAUUUUGGAAUCGUGACCAAAAUGGAUUUGGUGACUGUACCUACCGUGUCCUGGGCUGAAGCUCGGAUCUACCCUCCAACGGCGUACCCUGAGCUCGUCAAAGGCCUCAUGAAGUACCACGAGGCAAUUGAAACCGACAACAAGGCGUCUCUCGUCUGGCAUGGGACCAGCCAAGCAAUUCUUCUUGUCUUCUUCUACUGUGCCCCUGUCGAAAAGCCAGCCGCAUUCCAGUCAUUCUAUGAUAUCCCAUUCGCGAUGAGCUUUGUGCCUCCAGGCACUCGGUCCAUCUAUGAGCUUGUCCAGGCGGUUGCCUCCGUCAUCACAUCAGAGACUCUGCAUCACGAGUUCCGGACCAUGUCCAGUCUGCCAUGCUUGGAGUUGUACGAAGCGACCGAGAAAGUCCGCCGGGAACAAGAGGAGGCUUUGAGCGACGUUGAAGGACUUGUCCUGACCAACGUGUUCCAACCCAUGUCCUCCUCGGCCAUGAAGCAGAGUCAGAAAAACGGCGGAACGCCACUUGGAUUAGAGCCAGUGGGCCAGCAAUGGUUUCUGUCCAUGGCCGACUGGAAGAAUGCGAAGGAUGAAGACCGUGUCCGCGAGGCGACUCGGAAGAUUGUGGAUGUUGCCGAAGCGACGGCAAAGCAGGCGGGCGCCUAUCUUCCGUAUCGAUACUCCAACUAUUCCUCUCGCGACCAAGACCCGCUGUCAAGCUAUGGGGUUGACAAUGUUGCGAAGCUCAACCAGAUUGCUGCGAAAUAUGAUCCUGAGGGGGUUUUCCAGAAGUUGCAGAACGGUGGGUGGCUGCUCUCUAAGGCUGGGACUGGUCGGCGUAAAGGGCUUGGGGUGUUGUAAAUAUUGUACUGAUAGCGUUACGAAUUGAAUGCACAUUAUUGGA